GGCCUGUGGGCAAUUUCCUCCGGACCCAGGCUCCCGGGCCGAGGAGGAAGAAGAUGCAGACCUUCCUGAAAGGGAAGAGAGUUGGCUACUGGCUGAGCGAGAAGAAAGUCAAGAAGCUCAAUUUCCAGGCCUUCGCGGAGCUGUGCAGGAAGCGAGGGAUAGAAGUCGUGCAGCUGAACCUCAGCAGACCGAUUGAGGAGCAGGGCCCCCUGGACGUCAUCAUCCACAAGCUGACCGAUGUCAUCCUCGAGGCAGACCAGAAUGACAGCCAGUCCCUGGAAUUGGUGCACAGGUUCCAAGAGUACAUCGAUGCUCACCCUGAGACCAUCGUCUUGGAUCCCCUCCCCGCCAUCAGGACCCUGUUAGACCGUUCCAAGUCCUACGAACUUAUCCGAAAGAUCGAGGCCUACAUGAAAGAUGACAGAAUCUGCUCGCCGCCUUUCAUGGAGCUCACGAGCCUGUGUGGGGAGGACACCAUGAGGCUGCUGGAGCAGAACGGCCUGGCCUUCCCCUUCAUUUGCAAAACCAGAGUGGCUCAUGGAACCAACUCUCAUGAGAUGGCUAUUGUGUUCAACCAAGAGGGCCUGAAUGCCAUCCAGCCUCCCUGUGUGGUCCAGAACUUCAUCAACCACAAUGCUGUCCUGUACAAGGUGUUUGUGGUGGGCGAGUCCUACACAGUGGUCCAGAGACCCUCACUCAAGAACUUCUCUGCGGGCACAUCAGAUCGUGAGUCCAUCUUCUUCAACAGCCACAAUGUGUCAAAGCCGGAGUCUUCAUCAGUCCUCACUGAGCUGGACAAGAUCGAGGGUGUGUUCGAACGGCCAAGCGAUGAGGUUAUCCGGGAGCUGUCCCGGGCUCUGCGGCAGGCGCUGGGAGUGUCACUGUUUGGAAUUGACAUCAUCAUUAACAACCAGACCGGGCAGCAUGCAGUCAUCGAUGUCAAUGCCUUCCCAGGCUAUGAAGGAGUGAGUGAGUUCUUUACCGACCUCCUGAACCACAUUGCCACAGUUCUGCAAGGCCAGAGCACGGGAGGAGCUGCCACGGAGGAAGUGGCCCCGCUAAGGCACAACAGGCUCCUGGCGGAACCGGCAGGCAGCCUGGCUGGGGAGCGGACGUGCAGUGCCAGCCCUGGCUGCUGUGGCAGCAUGAAGGGCCAGGACACACCCUGGAAGACUGAGACCGAAGCAGGCAACAUGGGCGCUGGUGCUUCCGCCAAGCUGCCGCACCAGAGACUUGGCUGCACCACUGGCGUAUCACCCAGCUUCCAGCAGCACUGUGUGGCCUCUCUGGCCACCAAGGCUUCCUCACAGUAGCCACAGAGCCCAGGACCCAGAGGGGCAGAGCGUGGAAAAUGCCCACUGGGCCAGCAGCUCCACAUGGGAACACUACUAAGAAUUCCUGGUGAUCUGAGGCUUCUCUGUUUUAAUUUUUUACCUGAUUUUCUGAUGUUAUGAUCGGAAUGAAGGGGGGGAGACAGAGCAGAACAUCAAGUGGCCCAGCCUCGAGGACGCCGCCUGACUCCUGCUGUGCAGAGGUCCUCACUGAGUUUACACACGCUUGUGUUCUCAACACUAGGUCUGAAUGUGAGGGGGGGGGGUGCGUGUGUGUGUGUGUGUGUGUGUGUGUGUGUGUGUGUGUGUUUGUCAUGGCAAGGGUGAGUGUGCAUGUCUGUCUUCAUGGCUGUUGUGGGCCAGGCUCUGGGCACCGAGGAAGGAAGCCCAUAUCUGGCCAGGCUGUUGCAGCUAAGCAGGCGAAGGACGAACGGUUUUCCCAGUUCCCCUCCUCUUCACACCUGCCCACACCCAGACCUCACCCUCCCUCUUGUCCCAGAUGUGCUCUCCUCCAAGGCUAACCCUUGCCCCCCCACCUCGCUCUCCAAAGCCAGGGAAGCAGUAGACGCCCCCUCGGGAGCUCUGCAUGGAGGAUCUGGGUUGUAGGAAGGGAAAGGAGCUUCCUGUGGGUGUAGCCGAAGCCCACUGGCUAUUGCUAGUCUUCACUGGCUCGUGGAAUACAGCAGGCCACUAUCCACCCUACCCUGACCCUAUUGCUCACUGAGAUCCAGGAAGGAGCCAUCUGACUAGGAGUCCAGGAGUCUGCCAGGACCCAGGAUUUACCCUGGGACUUCCAACAGAUCAUUCCGUGAGUCUUCAGGCCUCCACCACCUCAUCUCUUCAGGGUGGCUCCUGAAACAGAGAACUGAAGGCCUGGUCUAGUGGUCUAGCCCACGAGGAUCUCUGCUUCCUCAUGUCAUCAUCCGGUCCCUCUUUUCAGGUGAGAGGAGACCACCCACAGGGCUGCUCCUGUUCACACGCGACAGCCCCUCCUGGAACAGCAAGGCCCAGCUCCUUCCUGCUGUGUUCAUAGCGAGUCCCUUGCACUGAGCACCAGGCAAGCCCCCAAGGGAGUUGUGCCCCAUUUCAGACUCACUCUGACCCCACAGCAGCUGGCAGACCACCCACUGGCCCCAAAGCCCACAGGAAAGGACCCCUGUGGAGCCCCAGGUCAGCAGCCCAGGACCCCCAAGGGUGAUCUUGUGUCUUAAGACAUCAGCUCACUAUGUAAAGAGAAUGAGGCCUCUGGGUUGUCCUUAGGUCUAAUAAGAUAGAGUACACUAGAAGCAGCAGCCCUGGGAAGGCCACUAAGGGCCAUGCAGGGGCAUCCUUUGGGCAAGGAGAAGCCGAUUGGCUUCCUCGGAAGCAGAGCCCCAGGACUAACCACGUUUACAGGACCUGAGUGUUGAACUGAUUGAUGUCUGUAAGUCACCUUCCCAGGCCUGACCCUGAAAACAGGGGGUGGGAAGCGUGGCCGCCUCUUGCACUGCUUUGUCUCCGGAAUAAACUACUGAGAUCAAACCGC